AUGUUUGGAAAAAUUGUUUGGAUUGCAUUUUCGUUGCUGUAUCUUGGAUCUCUUCUGCCGUUUGCCGUCACUCCAGCACAUUCGCCGGCCAAUCAGCCAACGUUCCCUUCAGCAGCCCGCCGCCGGUGUCUAACACCAGGCAUUCCGUCUGCUCAAGACUUCUUCAUGACUGAGUCCAACACCAGUGGUCGUGGUAGUGGUGCGAUGGUGGUCCGAAAAACGCCUUCAACAGCUCUGAUUUGUUCUUAUCGAUACCCACCGAAAAAACGGGUUGCCAGAAAAUUCAUCGAUUCUGGAGAUGGUGGACGCCGUCGGGUGCGCAGCGGUACAAGGAGUCCAAAGGUGUCACCGAAAUUCGAUGGCAACGAUAUAAUCUUGAUUUGGAAAGAGUAUAGCAUGAUUAUGCUCAAAAUAGACACCUGCGGGGCGGCAACGCACAAGCGCUUGCUACUCUUCCAUACCCAAAACAUGGGAAUCCUCUUGAAAUCCACGAGGAUAAUCUGCGCAAAAUUCAAUUCCACAUCCAAAUUCUCGUCAAAUCCGCUGCAAUAUCCUCGAGAGACAUAUACUCCGAGGAGGUUGAUGAGCUAUCUAACAGGGCACAACCAAUCCCAGAAGCUUCUGAUGGCGCGUGAACACGAGGAUUCCAUUUAUUAUCAUCGUUUCUCAACCGACGACGGCCUCUCCUGGAAGCACAGUGAUCUCCACGUUAAAAGCCGCCACAAAUAUUUUCUUCCUUAUGCCAGUUGCAAUUCGUUGAUUCUGGCGACUACAGAUCCCGGCUGUCAGAUCCCGGCUCUCUGGAACCCUACCACCGGUCAGAUCAAAUCCCUUCCUAAAUCCAUCUUCUAUCUGCCCGCCGGAUCUUCCAACAUCAAUCUCAGACAUAUGGUCUAUGGUUUGGGGUUCGAUCCCGCGGCUCAGGAUUACAAGGUGAUUGGGUUUUUCUUCUGGACUUUUCUACAAGACGAUGACAUAUGUUGUGACCGCCGAAUUGAGCUCUACUCGCUCAAAACUAAUUCCUGGAAGGCAAUCGAUGCUUCUGUGACCGAACCAAUUCCCUAUUUUACCCUUCACAUAAACGGCGUUUUCUAUUGGCGGGCCGAUGAUAUGAUCAUGACCUUCAACUUUGCUACUGAGGAAUUUGGGCAUUUUCCGAUGCCCCCAACUGAUUUGUUUCUCCUUUGUAAUUGUUGUUUUGCCGAACUUGAUGGCUCGUUUGCAGUUGUUGUUUACGACCGUACUGCGCAUUUGAUUAAUCGUCCGCAUCCUAGAAAGUUUGAGAUCUGGAAAUGGGAUGAUGAUGACGUGUCGUGGGCCCGAGUGCCGGUUGAAACUGAUGCCGUGCCUGCUGCUGCUGAUGCUGAGCAGCUGGUGGCUCUUGUCAAUGGAAAUAUGGUAUUUGUUAGGGAUUCCAAGGGUGAAAUACUUACUUUCGACAUUGCCACAAGGGAGUUGAAGCAUCUCCAUUUGUAUUCUAAUAAAUAUGAAGUUUUUAUUCUUCCUUAUGUUGAGAGCUCAUUUCGAAUCAAGCACAACAAAGUUAAAAAGGGCCGGCAGAGGCAGGGUCAGUGGACUAAGGAAGGCAAUGCAUUUCGAGUAUUGGAAUUCUUAACCAUCACCAGACAAACUCGUGUUAAUGGGGGCUGA